CCUUGUCAUUCUCCACCUCUAAUUUCAGAAGCCAAAAACCUAUCUAGUCAUCUCUCUCUCUAACCAUGGCUUCUGCAAUUGGACGGCAAUUGAUCUAUUCACUCUACACCAAUACACCCUCCAAUUCCAUCACUCUCCGUCACUCACUUACCGGUUCCUUCACUGGCCAGAAGAAUGUCAAUAAUAGGGUCUCAAUUAAUCUUGCCAAAUAUUCCAAACUUAUUAUCAUUCCAAAGGCUAUUCAGGGAAAUUCCAAUAAAGAAAACGAUGAUGAUCAGAAUGGAAUCUCUUUGGGAACCAUGAAAUUGCCACCUAAUACUGACUUUGCUAUAUUUGAGACUCUCCUCUUCCAGUGGGCGAACAGCCUCUGCCAAGGAGCUAAUCUCCCCCUCCCAUUACCACUCAAGGUUGAUAAAAUCGCGGGAGGAGCUAGAUUGGGAUUCAUUACAAUCUCGGAUGGAGGUGCAACGGAAGUGCUAACCUAUAUUGAUUGCAUAGUUAUUUUGGAAACAAUCGAUGGGUUAGAAAUACCGAUAUUCCGAGCGAUAAGAAAGGGAACUUUGAAAGAUAAGUCACCUCCAGGAGAGCCAAGGAUCAUGAGGAGCCUUCAAGGAGCAUUGUUAAAGUCAGUCGAACUAGCUAGAGUUUGAAGAAUACAAAUUUACCACUAUACUCUUGGCCAAUUUAUUGCUCCAUUAUAUGUUUAAUUAAUUGGAGAGCUUGACUAUAUCGGUUGUUUUUAAGCUUUGAUUCUAU